AUGGAGGAGACACAGGAAAUUUUGGAACUGGGGGCAAUCCAAGAGUCCAGCACUCCAUCAAAGAAAGAUGACUUUCUAGCCACCAUGAGUGACCUUUAUGUGAAGUUCAAAGGGAUAGACUUUCCUGUAAUCGUGCAUGAUAAUGAAUGUUUGGAGUACACAGCCAAUGAAUUCCAAGUCAGAGAUGAUGAUGUCUUCAAUGUGACUUAUCCCAAGUCAGGAACUAUUUGGAUGCAGGAAAUUCUAACUCUUAUCCAUAGCAAUGGAGACACAGAAGUUGCUCAGUCUAUACCUAAUUGGGACAGGGUACCCUGGAUAGAACAAAAGACAGGAAGGGGACAUCUAGAAAAACGCCCUUCCCCUCGACUCAUAACAACGCAUCUUUCUGCUCACCUUGCUCCAAAAUCACUUUUCAGUUCUAAAGCAAAGGUUAUCUACACAGUGAGGAACCCACGGGAUGUGUUUGUCUCACUAUACUUUUUUAGCCAUAGCAUAUCAUUUAUUGAGACCCCAAAGAGUUUUGAUGACUUCUUUCAAAAGUUUCUGAAGGGAGACGUUGUAUAUGGAUCCUGGUUUGACCACAUCAAAAGCUGGCUUGGUGUAAAAAGCAAAAUCAAUAUAAUGUUUCAGACUUUUGAAGACAUGAAAAAGGACCCACGAGGAUCAGUGGUAAAGAUUUGCCAGUUCUUGGAGAAAGACCUUGAUGAAAAGGCAAUUGACUCUGUUGUGCAGAAUUCCAGUUUUAAAACUAUGAAGGAAAACAAAAUGUCCAACUGGAGCCUCGUUCCUGAACAAAUGCUGAACCCUAACAUUCCUUUCAUGAGGAAAGGUGUAUCUGGUGACUGGAGGAACCACUUCAGCAAGGAACAGAUUGAACUUUUUGAUGCUACUUAUAAAGAGCAGAUGAAAGACGUGGAUAUGAAAUUCAGCUGGGAUUCUUUAUGA